AUGAGAAGGCGCCCCAACACAUCACCGAACCUCCGCCGAAGUUUCGCUUUGAGAACAGUAAUGGACCCUUGCGCAAGUCACGCCAAUAAGAGUGUCCACCAUCAGGCCCAUCCAGAAAAGCUUGGUGUCUUUUAUGGGAACACUCAACGAUUGUACUUUGAGCUUUUCGAGAGAAGAGCCUAUAAACGAGAGCUUUCACCAAUCUACUCUCUUCAACCAUACAAUCUAACAGCUCAAGAGGUUCCACGCUUCAACGUGAACAUCACUUUAGCAUAUGUUAAAGUGAUUGAACUGGCCGCACAGAGUCAAGAAAUCGAUCAACUUUUCGAGUUUGGCUUUGAAUGGACAGAUCCACGUUUUCAAUGGAAUCCCGACGAUUUUGGUGGUGUGAGCAAAAUUUGGCUUCAAAUGGACUCGAUUUGGUUGCCCGAGAAUAGCAUCUGCAAUGCGAAAUCGAUCGAAGAAGUGGUACCUAUUUACCAAAAGCAGAUCGAGUUGAGGUACGAUGGGAGUCUUUACAUGGAUCGGACACUCUAUGUCAGCCUUUCCUGUUCAAUGAAUUUGGGCCAUUUCCCUUUUGAUACUCAAACAUGUCAAGUUGGUUUUGUUGUUUACAAUUACGACAUUUCUCUGGCAACAAUGGAUGUGAUGAUCUACAAUGAUUUCGACUCUCAGGGAAACGCUGAGUGGACGAUUCUGAAUAUCUCGGCUGGGAAGAGGAUCAUCACCUACUCGGAUUUCGCUUUUGAAUAUGCUUUUUACACGUUUGUUUAUAAACGAAUCCCUAAUUUCUACAUUUGGGUGAUCGCAGUGCCAGCAUUUUUACUAACUUUCCUUUCAAUUAUUGGACUUUUUUGGGUUUCAACGAGUGUCGAUGAGAAAUUGCUGAAACUUUCUCUCGGUUUAACGACAAUGAUGUCGAUGAGUGUUCUUCUCGAAUUAGUCUCCAAUCAAAUUCCGAAAACGUCCAGCUUUCCAGUGAUAGGGAUCUACGUGAUAACCGACGUGUUCGUAAUCGGCGCUGGCUGUGUGAUGGUUGUCAUUUUGCCGAGAAGUCGAAUGGCCACAAAAGCCAAAGAAAGAGGUAUCCAAUCGGAGAUGAGACGCCUAUUCACCUCAAAGACAAUCAUACUUCAAAUCGAAUUAACAUGGCACGAGAGCCCGAAGAUCAAAAUGAUGAAAGCUAGAACUUAUCAAAAGUACAGCCAGAAAAAACAACAGAUACGUGCUCAGUACUUUUCUAUGAAAAGUGACAAUCGAAUUGUCGACAGACUCCUCGAUUUCGAUGACUAUGAGUAUUUGGGCAGAAUCACUGUUGGUACCCCUCCACAAGAGUUCAAUAUGUUGUUCGACACCGGCUCUGGAUGGUUCUGGGUUCCGUCAACAAAUUGCACCAAACUCGCUUGUGCCCGUACUCAUCAUUUCGAUCCAACAAAGUCGACCACUUUCAAGGAACAGGGCGAUGACCUGAUAACAGGGUAUGGUGCUGGAUCUGCGUCUGGGGUUUAUGGAAAUGACACAAUCACGAUUGGUGCUUUGAGCAACAACCCUCUAGCACUACCGUACACUCAAAUAGGUCUCGCUAACCAUUUUGAAGUGGGUAUUCCAUAUUUGCCAAUCCGUUUUGAUGGAAUCCUUGGCCUUUCGCCGUAUUACUCGUUUAUGGGCAACACUAAACCAGUUUUGUAUGAAACUCACGGGUACCUGAAGAAGAUUUUUACGAUUUUCUUGGAGCAUCGUGGUCACAAAGAUGGAGUCAAAGGUGGUCAGAUCACUUGGGGUGGCGUUGACACAAAAAAUUGCGAAAAGGAAAUUCAUUGGGUGCCAAUGGCUGCAAAAGAUCGAUAUAACAUUAAGGUGGACGGCUGGAAAAUGAACGACAUUUCCGUGAAUGAGGCGGGAAUUGUUCUGGCUGACACUGGAGCUCCGGUUUUGGCCGUCCCACAAGAGAUCUUCGAUGAAUGGGUCAAAAAGGCUAAUGCAAAAACGUUUGACAAAUUCCAAUAUUAUGCAGAUUGCUCAACAAAUAUUCCCAUUGAAGUGAAAAUCGCUGGGAAAGUUUACACCAUUAAAGCCAAGAACUAUCUUCGGGAAACUGGAGGAGAAAUAUGUGCCGCAGAUGUGAUAGUCGGUGGAGUUCUGGGAGUUCCCUUCUUUAGGGAGUACUGUAUUGUGCAUGACCUCGAGAAGUUGAGACUUGGAUUCGCGAAAGCCAUUCACAAGAAUUGG